AUGCCCAAGUUUUGGAAAUAUCUCAAGAAGACAUCGGAGAAGCCUGCACCAGCUUCCAUCAGCAUCAGCCCAUCAACCAGCAUCAGCACGCCAACUAGCAUCGACAAUCCAACCGGAAUUCUCACCAAUGGGUGGACAAUAUUUGUACAGUCCUUGCGCUUGUUCGAGAAAACGCUUGAAAGCGUUCCUGCUCCUGGACUCAAAGCGGUGGUGGGAGCGGUGAUUUUUGUGUGUGACAAUAUCAACCUCGCGGAUCAGAAUCAGGACGACUUUGAAGAAAUUGCUCGGAGUAUCUCUCAGCUACAGAAACUAUUCGUGGAAUUUCAUGAAACAAAGGGCCUCCCAGAAGCAGCGAUUCCUCAUGUGAGAUCCUUGUUAGUAGACUUCGAAAAUUUAAAAACCAGCCUCGAAGCCCUCCAGAAGCGCAACAGAUUCCAGAAGGUCACUGAUAGCUCCAACGAUGCGCAAAAGAUCAUCGCUAUCUUUCGAAAACUAAAGUUCUCAUUGAACUACAUCACCAUUCAGUUGACGGUUGACAUCGCACAUUCAGUUGAGGUCAUACGUAGAACAGUGCUUUUGACUAAUAUCCGCCGGUCGAGGGAUGCCGCAUGGAACGCAGAUCUCUCUGGGUGUCUUGAAGGCACGCGAGUUGAUACUCUGGCCAAAAUUCGUCUCUGGAUCUUCUCAGAGGGCGCUCCUCACAUCUUUUGGCUGAAUGGGGUUGCCGGCACCGGAAAAUCUGCCAUCGCUCGCACGGUUGCUGCGACCAUGGCUGAUCAUAAGCACCUCGGCGCUAGCUUCUUUUGCUCUCGCGACUCCGCUGAACGACGGGAUAUCCGGCUCGUUAUUCCCACCAUUGCAUUCCAACUCUGUCACUCGUAUUCUCAGUUCUUUUUAGCUGUCAAACAUGCAUUGGAGCAUGAUGUGGAUAUCGCAUAUCGCUCAUUAAACGACCAAUUGCAAAAGUUGCUGAUUGAUCCUCUGAAAGACAUGAGCCCAAUGGUCCAUCCUCUCGUGAUCAUAAUCGAUGCUUUAGACGAGUGCGACGAUAGACAUGCGGUGCUCCAAUUACUUGACCUUCUGGCCAUGCAUGCGCCGUCUUUGUCGGGUAUCAAGUUGUUCGUAACGAGCAGGCCAGAAUCCGAGAUGCGAACCGGCUUCACGAAGCUGGGAUCCCUGCACGAGAAGAUCGUCCUUCACGAUCUGGACCAAGAAGUUGUCAGUUCGGAUAUCAAGAAAUACCUGAAUCACGAGUUCGGGAGACUAGACGAGGGCGCAUGGUUAGCCCCAGAAGACAAAGUCGAUCUUUUAGUUCAGCAAUGUGGUGGGCUGUUCAUCUACGCAUUUACAGCCUAUCAUUGGAUCGAGCGCAACAUCGACAAGUCAGAGGGCUUGAUCGAUUUUCUCUCUCACAACCCGCAGGUGGACUCAGCAGCCGAUAUCAAUACCUUGUAUACCCAGAUCCUUACAGACGCCUUUCAGCGGCGAAAAGUAGCGGAUAAACAGAGAAUGCGCUCAAUCCUUGGCGCGAUCUUACUUGCUUUUCACCCGCUGAAACUCCAUUCUAUCUCACGCAUAUUGGACGUUCCAGAGCCCCACCUUCGCGAGUCGCUCUCGCAGCUGCACUCAGUGCUUCUCGUCCCCGCCCACGCUGAUGGAGUUGUUCGAAUAUUCCAUGCAUCCCUUUCUGACUACAUCACUGGAGAGAGUGCGUCGGUCCACGAAUUUUUCAUUGACAUUGCAGAGCAUCACCAGAUGAUGACCCAGAAGUGUCUCGGCGUCCUAGACAAGGAGCUCAGCCAAAAUGCUACUCCGAGGCUCAGCGGAGAGAGCGCCACGCCAGCAUCUAGCCAGCGCACCUACACAUCCGAUGAACUCCGCUACGCGUGUGCCUACUGGGCCGACCACCUAUCUCUUUCUAAACCCUGCUCUGACGACGAGAACUCGAAGCGUUUAGCGCAAGCGAUAGAAAAUUUUUUGACGACACAUCUUCUACACUGGUUUGAAUGCAUGAGCGUCCUCGGCACGCUUGGCUCAGCGAUUCCUUGCCUCGACAAGGUGGAGAAAUGGACGCCGGAGGAAGACGUGCAAAUGCACCGUAUCUUGCGGGACUCGCAACGGUUCAUUGUUCAGUUCUUCCAUCUCAUAUCCCCGUCCCCAAUGGACAUGUACGGCCCUGGAACGUGGACUUCCACCCAGAGCGCCAUCAGGAAUUUAUACAUGUAGCUGCAAAGCCUUUGAGUCUACGCAACGAGCACUAACUUCCGGCAAUGAGAAAUCUUAAUUUGAAAGGUCUCGCACAACA